AUGGACCCUAACUAAACAAAUGAUUAGUUUAAAAAUGGACGGAAAGGACAGAGAAUACCUUAAACAUUAUUAUCACCUAAAGGAUAAAAAGUAACUUCAAAUGAAUCACUUUACAAAUCAACAUUAUAAAACUUUUAUAAAUAAACGAAACCUUCAGCUUCCUCAGAGUAGUUUUAAGGGUAUAAAGUCUCUGUUUAAAUAUCUAAAGAAAAAUCUUUUGAUGAAAAUUAUAAGGAGAAAUUUGUAGAUUUCAUCAAUAAAUUUCAUUCUAACGGACAUUUUGAUUUAUCUGUGUUUCUUCCUCAUAUGCUAAGUGAAUAAUAAAUUUAAGAUUUCAAAUAGAAAUAUCAAGACUUAGAUUUUUAGAUAGAAAAAAUUAAUUUUGAUGAAGGAGAUUUUUAGUUUUACCAAAGAGUUUAUUAAUUUAAAGGAUAAGAUAAUCCAAAAAUUUUACCUAGAAUUUAAAUGUUAAUUUUCGAUCAUUUUAUUUUUGAUAAAUUAAAAAAAUAAACCAAAGAGAAAGGCUUUAAUUUCAAUACUGAUUAUCAUACAGCUUAAUGCUCAGUAACUACUCCUAAUACUACUUUUAAUGACCCAAAAGAAUCAAUGAAAUAUUUUACUAAUAACAUUUUAAAUGUUCUGAACAAUUAUGAUAUACUCGAAAUUUCAACUAAAUCACAAUAAGAAUGUUUGACUAAAAAUAAAUUGAUUACGUCUCUAAAAUAAAAACUAGAAACAGAUUUAGACACUAAAAUUGAACUAGUUUAAAUAAAUUUAUCAAAAAUAAAAUUGGAUGAUUACUUGAAUAAUUGGAUGAAAGAAGAGUUAAAGAAUGAUAGACUUUAUGUGAUUAUUGAGAAAGAUUAGUCUGAUUUAUAAACAAUGAACGCGAAACUCAAUAAAUUUAUCAAAGAAAAUAUUAAAGAAAAAAUUCAUGAAUUUACUAUUGAAAUUGAGGAAGUUCCUGAUUAAGAAGAACUUAAUGAAAAAUUAGAAAAGCUUAAAUAAAAAUAUAGCUCAGUAAGUAUAUAAAAAGAUGACCCAAAAUAAAAAAGUCCAAAUAAAUUUCUUGUUGAUUUCUGGCUUACAACAUGGCAUAAAUCCACAACCAAUCCAUAAGAUGACUUUGAAGAAAUAAAAAAUCGGUUACAUUAAAUAUAUAAACCCUUUUUAAAAAUAAAAUUUAAAGAUUAAGAACAAAUUUCUAUUUGGAAAGAUUUUUUGAAAGAUUAGCUUCCUCGUGAAUAAGCAUAAUAUAUAAGUGAUGACUAAUCAUUGCAACAUAGUCAAUAUGAAAUCUCAAAUUUUGGUUGCUAUGCGAUUAAAAUAUCAACAAAAUUUUAAGAUAAUGAAAGGUUAAGAUAAUAAAUAAAUUAAUAAUUAGAAUAAUUAACGAUGUAGAAUUUAAAAAUAAAUAUUGAAUCUACAGUUUUGAGUUAACCUUUAAAAGAUUAAAAAUGUGAUUCAAAAGAACUUUAAAAAUUGUUUAAUAUUAACCCUCAAAAUUUAAAUGAAAAAAUACUUUAAAUUAUAUUAGUAGAAAAUAAUUAUUAAGCAUUGACAUUUCAAGUAAUAUAUUAAAAAAAAUUUCAAAAGAAAGAUAUAGAAGAACAAAUAAAAACUAAAUUUAUAAAUCAAUUGCAAGUAAUAGAUAUUGAUUUUAGAUUUGAUUCAAUCUACAAAAAGGAAUUUCAAUAACAAUUAACAAAUGGAGAAAUAGUAGUAUUGCCGAGUUAUGGGAUAGCUAAAUAUCUUUUGUGCAAUAAAUUAUAAUUUGAUCAUUUAUAUCAGAUUUUAAAAUCAAUUAAAAAAAAUAUAUAAGAAGAAACAAUUUCGAUUAAAUUAAAGAUUGAAAAUAAUUAAUUAGGAAAUGAAUUAAAAAAUAAAUUGAAUGAAUCCACAUUCAUCAAUUCAACAUAUUAAUAAGAAAACUGUUUAUUAGAAAUAGGAUUACUGAAACAUUAUUUUGAAAAAGUGAAUGAAAUUAUAAAGGAGUUUAUAAAAAAAUAUGAAAAAAAAAAAAGUCUUCUAGAUGAUAAAUUUACUUUAAAAUAUUUAAAUGAGGAAUCUCAAGAGGUAAGAGCUCUGGAAAAAUCUGAAAAAAUAAUUAUCAAUUUUCAAAGAUUAAAAACUUUUGAGCCUAAUUAUUCUGUAAAAAGCUGCUUAUGUUUUGAAAAUAAGAGAGUAAAUUUGGUUUAAGGUAAAAUUUCUGAAAUAUAAUGUGAGGCGAUUGUUUUAUAAUUCUUAAAAAGUUUUGAUUACUCUAAUGUAAAUUUUUAAAAUGAUUAAAUCAAAAAUAUAUUAAUGUAGGCAGAUAAAAAAGAGGACUUAGAGAAUCGUUGGAAAAAGUAAAUGGAUUUAGGAAAUGAACUUAAAGAAGAUGUCAUUUAUUAUCCUUUAUCAUAAAAUUUGGAAGUGAGACAUUUGUUUUAAAUUUACCCAAACUUUUAUGAAAAUGCCAGUUCUUUGAAAAACAAUUUAAAACAUAUUUUAGAUCUUAUUAAAGAGGUUUUUAAGCAAGCGAAAAAUCUAAAAUUAACCUAAAUAGCUUUUCCAUUAAUUGGAGUUGAAUUAUUUGGAUACAAUAUAAAAGCAAUUUAGUAAGUCUUAAUUUAACAAAUUUUACAUGAAUUAUCUUAAAAAGAAUGCACUAUUAGUUAGGUUUUUGUAGUUGAUGAUUGUGAAGAUUAUUUAAAUUCAGUUGACAUAUAUUUUAAGACUUUUUAAGAAUAAAAAAGACCGGAUUCAGGUUUCAGGAAAAGAUAAAAUACUCAAUCAUAAAUUGCUUAAUGGUAAAUAGAAAAAGGAGGUAUGUUAAUUCCUAUUGAAGAGCCUGAAAUUAAUGAUUUAAUAAGCAUAAAAAAUUAAUAAUUGAGGUCUGGAAAAUAAAUAGAUUCUUUUGUUAUUUCAUAUCCAUAUUCAAAAUAUCCAGGCACACAUAUGAUUGAUCCAAAAAAACAAUAAAUUACUGAGAUGCGUUAAUAAAAACAAAUGAGAAUAGAUUUUAUUGAUUUUUUCGAACAAAGGCUUUAUUUUUUCGAUUAUUAGUAGGUAGAACCAGAACUUAAUAAAUAUUUAGUAGUGAGGUAUGAAUAAUCAAAGCAGGAAUAAUUUGAUUUAUUUUACGCACAAGAUGAAAUAAUACCAAAUAAUUAGGAACUUUUUAUUUAAACUAAAAAUUUUAAUAAUAAAAAAAAAAUUAUUUGUUCUGGAAAGCAAACAGAGAGAUAAGAUUGGAUUGAUUAAGAGUUUCCCUUCAUAAAACCUAUAGUUUAUCAAUAAAAUCCAUAAUUUUAAAAGUAACAAUAAGUUAAAUAAUCACUUUUUUAAAUUGAUAUAUAUUCUGAUAGUGAUUAAACUAUUAAUAAGGCACUUUGUGAGAUAAAGAAAAUUAGCAGAAAAAUAAGUAAAAAUAAAAGUUAAAUAUGA